AUGCUACCCUGCUUCCAGCUGCUGCGCAUAGGGGGCGGUAAAGGCGGCGAUCUCUAUACGUUCCACCCACCGAACGGAGCCGGCUGCACCUAUCGCUUGGGCUGUAGGGCUGACCUGUGCGAUGUGGCCCUGCUGCCCCUGCGGGAGCCCGGCCACAUCUCUGGAGUCCAUGCAGAACUGCACGCUGAGCGCAGGGGUGAUGACUGGAGGGUCAGCCUGGAGGACCGCAGCAGCCAAGGGACUCUGGUCAACAAUGUCCGCCUCCCAAGAGGUCACAGGCUGGAGUUAAGUGAUGGUGACCUCCUGACCUUUGGCCCUGAAGGGGCCCCAGAAAGCAAUCCCUCAGAGUUCUACUUCAUGUUUCAGCAAGUUCGAGUCAAACCUCAAGAUUUUGCUGCCAUUACCAUCCCACGGUCUAGAGGAGAAGAGGGAUCCAAGGCUGGUUUCCAACCCAUGCUACCCCCUCACGGAGCUCCACAGCGGCCCCUCAGUACCCUUUCCCCUUCCCCCAAGGCCACUUUAAUCCUCAAUUCUAUUGGCAGCCUAAGCAAGUUACGAACCCAGCCCCUCACCUUCUCCCGUGGUGGGGGCAAGCCACAAAGCCAGCCUGCCCCAACUCUCUCUGGGAAUGUGGGGACCACCACUUCUGCACCACCACCAAGAAAUCGAAGGAAAUCAGUUCAUCGGGUGCUGGCAGAACUGGAUGAUGAGAAAGAGGCUCCCGACACCCCUUCAAUACUCCUGCUAGAGCCCAGGAAGAAACUACGAGUAGAGAAAGCCACCCUGGCACCUGAAGACCCAGUGAGCAUCCCUAUGGCUCCCCCUGCAGUUGGGGUUGGGGAACCCUUUGCAGCCUCUUGCUGCUGCCUACCCUAAGAAGAGACAGUGGCCUGGGUUCAGUGUGAUGAUUGUGACCUUUGGUUCAUGUGGCUUGUUUACAGUAUCCAGGCUUCGAGGGAAGUUGACUUCUGGUGCCCAGGGUGUUAUGUUGGCAUCCAGGCCUAA